UCGUUCUUCGCUCGGCCAGCGUGCUUGGAGGUCGUCCGAUCGUGUCGGUCCGGUCUUCAAUUAGUAUUUUUGUGAUCGUUUUGUGUUGCCAUCAGAGAAGUGCCGAAGUGGUUGUGACCUUUGUUUUUUUGGUUGUUUCAGUGCAGUUAUCAAGUGAUUCCUCUUGGAAAACUAGGAUGGAUAACGACUAUGUGCAGAAGAGGUGACAGGGCCAUGGCCUGGCAUGGAAAAUUUCGGCUCGGGCUGCUUCUACUCCUGUUUUCGUUCGUUGUAAUAUCGGAGGCGACGGCAAAAGUAUUGGAAAUCCGCUAUGAGACGGCAUACGCUUGCGAGGGAAAAAUUCUGAAGAUCGAAUGUAGAGAAGGGGAACUCAUCAAGUUGAUCCGAGCAAACUAUGGUCGAUUUUCCAUUACCAUUUGCAAUGAUCAUGGCAACACUGAUUGGAGUGUGAACUGUAUGUCACCUAAGUCUCUGCGGGUUUUGCAUAGCAGGUGCACCCAUAACCAAAACUGCAGCAUUCCAGCAAGUACCAGCAUGUUUGGCGAUCCAUGCGCUGGUACUCAUAAAUAUCUCGAAGCUCAUUACCAGUGCGUUCCAGCUACAACAACUACAACAACGAGCAGGCCAAGUCCACCAUGGUUGAUAACAUCGCAGCCACCAAUGUGGAGCACCAUAAAGCCACCUUCCGCUAGACCGCCACAUCUGGCCCCACCUCCCAAACCUUCGGCAGCUCCUGCACCUCCCCCAGUGCAACCAGGCCCAACUUCGUCGACAGCUAGGAUAUCCUCCACCACGCAUCACUUUUCUGUGACGCCGCCUCCCCAGCCUCCCGUUCAGACCCACGAGGAGGUGUUUGGAGAUCGGGAGCAGAUCUACGGAGGCAUUCCGGAAGAAAUAACGACGCUGCCUUACACUACAACCAAACCGAAAGAACCGGAUGGCGUGAAAAUAACACCUGAUGGAGUCCUGUCAUAUACAUCUGUACCAAGUAUGCUGCCGUCAUGGGGGAAUGGCUCCAAGAACGUAAAAAGCAUCCCCUACUACUGCAGUCCAACAAACGUGAGAGGUCUAUACUGGAACUGGACGAAAGUGAACGCCACCUCAAUCCAACCUUGUCCGGGAGGCACCACGGGUUUUGCCAAGUGGCACUGCCAAGCAGUAGCCGAUAUCCGCAAUCCCGUAUGGUUUCCACAGAAUCCCGAUCUGAGCGAGUGCAGAUCUGUGUGGUUAACGAGCUUAGAACAAAGAAUCAUAGCAGGACGAGACCCCUUGGUCUCUCUGACCAAUGAGCUGUCUUCAGUAACCAGCAGUAAGACGCUGUACGGUGGCGACAUGAUGCUAACAACAAAAAUUAUCCAGAAGAUCAACGAGAAGAUGAACAAGCUCGUACAGACGUUCGCGGACACUGUUCAACGUGAACAAUUUGUCAUGGAGAUGCUUACAAACGUUGCUAAAACUGGAAGCAACUUGUUGGAUUCAUUUCAGCACCCCUCAUGGAUGGACCUGAGCUUCAAAGAACAAAUGAGCGUCGCUACUUCUUUGCUCAUAGGGCUGGAAGAAAAUGCCUUUCUCCUGGCUGAUACUGUAAAUGAUGAAAAGACUGUUGACAAAUUAUUCAAGAAUAUAUUGCUUUCGGUGAGAGUUGUGGACUUGAAAUCUGUUGUGUCUGAAAAAUUCCCAUCUGAGAAUCACGCCAGGAGCUGGGUCGCAAGCAAUGACACCAUAGAGCUACCCCAAGGAUCACUGAUAGAUAACAGUGAUGGCUCCUUCGUGAGACUAGUCUUCAUUGCCUUUGAUCGCCUGGAGGAAAUCCUGAAAUGGCAGUCAGACUCCACCGAAUCGAACAAUUCUAACAACGUUACAAAAGUGCUGAACAGCAAAGUCAUAUCUGCCAGUUUGGGCAAAGGAAGACAUAUCCAACUGAAGGAACCAGUUCAGUUGACUCUACAACACUUGAAGACUGAAAAUGUUAGCAAUCCAACGUGUGUUUUUUGGGAUUACACAACCAACGCUUGGUCUGAAGAGGGGUGCUAUGUAGAGGUGACGCUCUCGAAUUUGACUCAUACAGUUUGCUACUGUGAUCACUUGACAAACUUCGCCAUACUCAUGGACGUUCAUGCUGUAUAUUUGCCGAUAGCGCAUGAGAUAGCUCUGCAGAUUAUAACCUACAUUGGCUGCAUCAUAUCCAUCAUUUGCUUGGUGCUGGCGAUUAUCACGUUUCAGCUGUUUCGAGGGCUCAAGGUGAAAUUAAAUAGAACAACAAUCCAUUGUAAUUUGUGUGCUUGUCUUCUCAUAGCAGAAGUCAUUUUCUUACUAGGAAUUGGCCAGACCGAUAACAGAAUUGUGUGUGGUGUUAUUGCUGGAUUUUUACAAUAUUUCUUUUUAUGUGCAUUCAUCUGGAUGUUUUUCGAGGGUUUUCAACUUUACGUAAUGCUCAUCGAAGUUUUUGAAGCAGAAAAAUCCAGAGUACGUUGGUACUACUUUUUCGCAUAUGGUAUUCCCUUUCUCAUCCUUUUUAUCUCUGUCACCAUUUAUCCUCAGGGAUAUGGUACUCAGAGGCACUGUUGGCUACAGACAGACAAUUAUUUCAUCUAUAGUUUUGUUGGACCUGUGAUUGUUAUAAUAUCGUUGAAUGUUAUCUUCCUGAUAAUGGCAAUAGUAAUGAUGUGCAGACAUGCAAGCAAUACUGUUUCAAUGAAAAAUAAGGAACAUUCUAGACUUGCUAGUACCAGUGGAAAGGAGGAAAAUGCACUUCAAAUGAAAUUUCAAGCUCACUUGGCAUGGUUGAAGGGAGCAUUCGUUCUUGUAUUUCUCUUAGGCCUGACUUGGACAUUCGGAUUCCUAUACCUCAACAGAGAAUCAGUUGCCAUGGCAUAUCUGUUCGCUGCCCUGAAUUCACUGCAAGGAUUUUUUAUAUUCUUAUUCCAUUGUAUACAGAAUGAAAAGGUACGGAAGGAAUAUCGCAAAUUCAUAAGAAGACACUCCUGGCUACCAAAAUGUUUGCGUUGCUCCAACCCCAGCGCUGGACCUGGAAGCAGCAGUGGCAGUUCUGGGAUGGCGAAAGAGAGGCGAACGAGUCUCUAUGGCGGAUCGAACGGAAACCCAUCAGGCGGCACAAACUCCCAUUCCACCGAUAACUCUGUUCUUACAUCGCAUGGAACUAGUUUGCAGCGCGACUGGAACUCCCGGAGUUGCACCAACGUCAAUCGAGUGUCCAAAACCCCUGUGCCCACAUCUACUUCGGCCAACAUGGCUGUUACUCUGUCUCGACCAAUCCGAGGCACACCUACACAUCCCUCUCCUGAUAUGAUGGAAUCCAAUACUUCUACACUUCCUUACAUUCGUAAUUUCUAUAAAAACUCUAACAACCCUAAUAUACCUAAAUCGGUUUCUACCUGGGGUCCUCUACAAAAACCUUUUCACUCUAAGAACAUUUCUUUUAAGUCAUGUAGUCGGGACUCGGGCCAUGGAGGAUCAGAACAAGAAGACUCACCAAGAUCGCAAAUGGUUAUUACAGACCCCGGACAUCAUCUUAAUCUGAAUAUCAAAGACAUGCGCCAUCAAAUAGCCCAGGAGGGGCACAAGGACUUCUCUGAUUUCGACAUCCGUCUCGAGCCAAAUGUGCAUCCCAAGCACCUGGCUCUACCAACGAAUAAUUUCCAUGGAACCAGUAAAAAAAACACUGGCAGUCUUAGACCCACACAGUGGAGUCACCAUACGUAUACGGAAAUCUAUGACGCACAAUCCCCUAGAGGGUUGGAAGAUGAUCCUGUUUACGAAGAAAUUGACAGAAACGAAAUACAAGUAUCAGACAUGAGCGACGAAGAUGGAAAAAGGCAGAGCGACAUGAGCAGACAAUCCUCCCGGUCCUACGGAGACCACCGACCAUUGAUUCCUUACAGCCCUGGAAACGACAGGAGUUUUGCUGAAACCAUGAAGCUCUAUGCCAAAGACUUGAAUCACUGCAACAGCAACAUGGAUUCUUAUCGAAGACGUAACAUGGCGUACAGAGUGGGAAUGGCUGGUGAUGCCUCGGUGCGAUCUUUGGCAGCUGUAUUAGAUGGUGAAACGGUGGUUUGUCACUUGGAACCUCCGGAAAUGUAUCCUGAUAGUUAUAUGUCUCGAACUUUAGUUCUCCCCCCGUAUAGUGAGAGUUAGGAAACUGCCAUUGCAAGUGAAUAUCUGUGAUUACCACAUGAUCAGACUCUGAGGUCAUAUAUAACUUAGUAAAGCUCAGCUUGUAUGAAUGAAGGAAAGUGAUAAUUUUCUAUUAAUCUACUAUUUUAUAAAAGUAUUUCUGUGAAUAAAAUGUCUUAGUUGUGAGUUA